CCUUCGUCCCUUUCUCUUCUUCUUUAGCUGUUUUUUGUUCUGUUUUGGUUCGAGAGAAUGUCUGUACACCUCUUCUUCACCUCAUUUUCUGUGCUCGAAACCCAGAUACAACUCACCAAAUGGCAUCUUUGAAAGAAUUACUAGCAGAAGAAGGAACCAGACAUGCGGAAUAUCACAAGAAUCGAAGGCAGGUGAAGUCGAGAGAUCGAAUUGCAACUGCAGAUUCAAUAGUAUUGCCAAUUUACAUCUGCCAUGAUCGAAAGAGCUUCGAUUUCUCAACUCAAAAGACUGAGAAGACCCCUGCACGAAAUGGGUCCUCUGCUUUAUCUUCGGAAAGAGAGGAUUCCAAGUCAAAGAGAUCGAAUUCCAAGUCAUUCAAGAAAGAAGGUUUGCGGAACGAUGAGCCUGCAAUCGAUGAGGCUGCCAUCCGUGCUGUAAUAUCAAUUCUCACCGGGUACAUAGGGCGAUUUAGUAAGGAUCAAAAUUUUCGUGAAACACUGCGGGCAAAGUGCUAUUCCUGUUUGGUGAUGAGAAAGGAGGGAUUGGAUGAUGGGGUGCUAGCAAACAUAGAACUGGGAAUCAGAAGUGUUGAGAAAGUAGCAGAGAAUCACGAGACAACGAGGGAAUUGAAAAUUAAGUCUUUGCAGAAUCCGAAACGGUUGUUGAGCUCCGUUGCCUCCUUGAGUUCUCGAAACCCAAAGAAUGCUUCACAUCUCUCAGCUUGUGCAGAGCUCUACCUUUCUAUUGUGUACAAGAUGGAGAAGAAUGACCGUGUAUCAACAAGGCAUCUUCUACAUGUCUUCUCCGACUCGCCAUUUCUCGCUAGAACACACUUACUUCCUGACCUCUGGGAGCAUUUCUUUCUGCCUCACCUUCUUCAUCUUAAGAUAUGGUACGGUAAAGAAGCUGAACUAGUCUCGAGCUCGGAUUUGCAUAAGAGAGAAAGAAGGAUGAAGGCUUUAAGCAAGGACUACAAUGACCAAAUGGAUAUGGGUACUUCUCAGUUUGCUCUUUACUACAAGGAGUGGCUUAAAGUUGGGGCUAAAGCUCCUCCCAUCCCUUCUGUGCCUCUACCAUCAAGAUCAAAUUAUGGACUUUCGGGGAAAAAAGUAUCGAUGUCCUCCCUUAGUCUGCGGUCUCCCAUCAAUGAGAACUUGUAUCAAUCAGUCUUUGGUCGAACCCAUGAGCGGAAAUCCUUGGAACUUGAAGAUAGUACAAAUGGAUACCUAAAUGAUGCAGUGGCUUUGGCAAAGGAGGAAAGAGCGUUUAGUGAUGAGGACAAUUUCAGGCUGAGCAGCUCUGCUCAUAGUGCCGAGGGAGGUGAUCAAAGAUCAUUGAUCAAAAACUGCAAAAAGGCAAAAGCAGAGCUGCCACUGGACCGGACCAAGAAAACAGACUAUUUUCGGUUAUUGUCAUGCCGAAAUGAAACAGCAACAAGUUUGCUUCAAGGAAGUAAUAUGUUCAAGAAUGAGACGAUCUACAAGGAAACAAAUUCUCAUCUUCCUCCAAGUAAUCUCAGUACUGCAAUUUCCACCAUUUGCACUUCAGAUAGCCUUAGUGACUGUGAGAUUGCAAUCCGUGUACUUGCCAAAGCUUGGUUGGACUCAAAUGGGAAUCUGGCAACUAAGACUAAAUUGUCUAAAGCACCUUUGAUUGAGGGACUGCUUGAGGUCUUGUUUACUUCAGAAGACGAUGAGAUUCUAGAAUUAACAAUCUCAAUUUUAGCAGAAUUGGCAGCAAGGAAUGAGAUGAACAGUCAGAUAAUACUAAAUUCAGACCCACAACUUGAAAUCUUCUUGAGACUUCUAAGAAGUACUAGUCUAUUUCUGAAGGCAUCUGUGCUGCUUUACUUACUCAAGCCAAAAGCAAAACAGAUGCUAUCAAUUGAAUGGGUCCCACUAGUCCUCCGGGUGUUGGAGUUUGGGGACCAGUUGCAGGCCUUGUUCUCCAUUCGCUGCAAUCCUCAAGAGGCAGCUUUCUACUUGCUAGGCCAACUUCUUACAGGUUUUGAUGAGGACAAAAAUGUAGAGAAUGCUACGGAAGUUGUUUCCCUUGGAGGUCUGAGCUUACUGAUCCAAAGACUUGAAAAAGGCGAUACACUUGGUAGGAUGAAUGCUGCUUCUAUGAUAUCCUGUUGCAUCCAAGCCGAUGGAAGUUGUAGACACUAUUUAGCCAACAGCAUAAACAAGUCAUGUAUUCUUGAACUUCUUGUACUUGGAAACCGAAACAGGUCCAGGAACAGCGAGUGUGUGCUGUCUUUACUAGUCGAGUUGGUCUGCCUUCAUAGAAGAACCCAGGUCAACAAGUUCUUAAAUGGAUUGAAGAAUGAAGGCGGCAUUUUGAACAUAAUGCACAUAUUGUUAGUCUACCUCCAGCAGGCUCCACUUGAACAACGCCCAUUGGUAGCAGCCAUUUUAUUACAACUUGAUCUUCUGGGAGAUCCUCUGCAGUACAGUGUGUAUAGAGAAGAAGCAGUAGAUGCCAUUGUAGCAUCUUUGGAUUGCAAAACAUGUGAUAAGGUUCAAGAACAAUCAGGGAGGGCUUUGUUACUUCUGGGAGGUCGUUUCUCUUACAUGGGAAAGUCAUCAGUCGAAACAUGGCUAUUGAGGCAAGCAGGCUUUGAUGAGAGCUCAGAGGAUUCAUUCCAUGGAAAGGAAAUAGUUGUAGACCAAUUUGUGCUAUCGAAUGAAGAGGAUGAAGCCACUGAAGAUUGGCAGAGGAGAACAGCAAGUGUCCUGCUCACUAGCAGCAACAAAAGAUUCUUGAUUGCUCUUUCAAAGUGCAUAUCCAAUGGCAUCCCAAGUUUGGCGUGGGCAAGCAUGGUCACAGUGGCAUGGUUGAGCAGCUUGCUCUCCUCAAUUCAAGAUGCAAGCUUUCAGUCCAUGGCAUGCUUGAGCCUUGUGCCUCGGCUGCUAGAAUGUUUAAAUUAUGACAAAGCACUUGAGGAGAGGGUGCUUGCCUCUUUGUCAUUAAUGAAUCUCACUAAGAAUUCAGAAUGUGUCUCCAUGGUCUCACGGCUGGAUAAAGAGUUGAUUGGCCCCCUACGGAACCUUACCCUCGUGACCUGGACAGCAGAACAGCUUCUUUCCAUUGCCACAGAAAACUCUAACCAUCAGUAUCCUGAGCUAGUAAUCAUGCCACAGUAAAGUUACUUGUGGACUUGAGAAUGUCAAUUGCUUUGAUGGCAGCUAUUCUAGUGGUUUAGAAUCUUGCUGCCAAGUCAUGGACUAUUUGUCCUCCUGUUCUUCUCGCCACCUGCCCCUCUUUUUAUUGAGGUGCAUUGACCACACUGGAGAAGUUAAUUUUCUUGAUAAACGAUGUAUAGGCACAUAUGUCUCAUAACUCUAUAGCAAAGGUAUGGUAAAAUUUCUCUC